AUGGACGCUACACAGUUAUUAUCAUUCUUAGAGUUGGCAUCCUCACAGCCACCACCACCACCACCAGUACCAUCAAAUGCAAGAAGGACACCAUCAUCAGCAUCAUCUGAAGCAGGACGAAAAAGGAUCCGAAAUGCUGAUGACAUGGACCUGAUAAGCAAACUUCCGGAUGAACUAUUGGAAAAUAUCCUUUCGAAAGCACCCUUUAAAUCUGCUGUCAGAACAAGUUCUGUAUCUAAGCGAUGGGUGAACUUGUGGAAACGGACGCCUCAUUUAUCUGUGGACAUGAGUUUUAUCAUGCAAAGAGGAGGUCAUGUUCACCAAGAUUCUAAGAGUUUUUUCGAAGGGGUGACAAAGACUUUAAACAAUCAUGGUGGCCCCCUAGAGAGCUGCAGAAUCGGCAGUUGUGUAUAUCAAUGUGAAGAUGGUACGCUCGAAAGGUGGAUCCAAACAGUGACUCGUGUGAAACAUACCAAAGAGCUUACACUUGAGAACUAUAUUGUUGUCAUGGGACCUAUCGGUGGAUAUAAUACGCUCAGGGUGUCCCCAAGUAUAUUCUCUCAUCAGAGUCUCACUUCACUCUCACUCACUCGAUAUUAUCUAACAGAGGCAGAGGCCUUUAAAAGUUGUUGCAAUCUUAAAACCCUAAAGCUUUAUGACAUCAUUGCCGAUGUUAGUAUCCUUAACAGUAUUUUCGAAGCUUGCUCCUCUCUCGAGGUGCUUGUGUUGAUCAUCACAUCCCUGAGCAGAUCUGGUGUGUUGACGAUCGAGAACAAUAACUUAGAGUUCCUCCAAGUAGGUUGCCCUACUGUGAUGGAUAAAAUGGAAGUCAUUGCAGCUCGUUUGGAGAUCUUCGACAUCAAAUAUAUCAACUGUAAUGGAUUCUUCAUUAGUGCUCCUAAGGUCAUUUUUAAUAGGAGUUCUUGGGUUGGUGGUAAAUACCCUCAACUCAACUACAAUAUUUCAAGUCUCGCUCAGGAGAAAAAAAGAAUAUGGUUUGAGCUUAUGGUGAACGAGUACUAUAAAAUGAAACGGAAGGGAUGUUUAUCGGUGAGAGUAGACGUGACAAAUCCAAAAGAACUCCAGAUUUUGAAAGAAGUCUUACUGAUGUGGGGUGAAGAAAUGAGGGAGCUGGAGAUCAUAUUCAAGGACGGCAAUGCUCGUGGAGAAGAUCAGGCUGAUCAAUCUUCUUUUAUCAAUGGUGAAAACCCAUUUCCAGAUGCUUUCUUCGGGGUUGCUACUGUUUGGAUGUACAACUUUGAUCGUUCGAAUGAAGUGCAAUUUGCAUUAGCGUCACGUUUUGUGAAACACGGAACAGUGAUUGACAAGCUCAUGAUAGAGACAUCAUCGUACCCUCCAAUGAAGAGGCUAUUAACUGAAGGAAAAGUAGCCCAGCUAAGGCAACUUUGUGACUAUGGUUUAAGUAUUGAAUCUUUCUGAUCGAUCAUGAGUUCUGGUUCCAAAUCUAUCCCAUUCAUACCCUUUCCCCUUUAUUACUUUUGAGGAUUAUCUUGUGUUUUUUAUAUAUAUUUCAAGAACUGUUUUUUUUUUUAUUUGGUCUUUUAAUAUUUUGAGAGAUUUGGAUAUUUAAGGUUUGAUAUUGUAUUGAACUAUUGAUUUGGAUAUU